CAGAGACUGCGGACAGAGUACAGGAGAUGACCAGAGAUGGCGGACAUAGUACAGGAGAUGACCAGAGACUGCGGACAUAGUACAGGAGAUGACGAGACUGCAGACAUAGUACAGGAGAUGUCCAGAUACUGCGGACAGAGUACAGGAGAUGACCGGAGACUGCAGACAUACUACAGGAGAUGACCAGAGACUGCGGACAUACUACAGGAAAUCACCAGAGACUGCGGACAUACAACAGGAGAUGACCAGAGACUGCAGACCUUAGGGAUCUUCUGAGACAUGUGACAGGUCCUAGAAGACUACAGGUGGCCGUUCACAAAGUGCAGCGCUUCUCACACAUGCGCAG